AUUUGGUCACACUACUUUGACUUUAGCAGAAAUCUUCCAACCAGUGCUGAGAUUGUUUUACACUCUUCUGGAGACUCUCAAACUAACUUUAAUGUGAAAAUGCAGGCUGAUUUGGAGUUCUCAUCUCGACGCUCACCAGUCAUCUGCCUGAAUGGAUGUGUAGCAUCGAGUCAGCCUCUUGCAUCCAACAUUGGACUAGAAAUUCUGAAAAGGGGUGGAAACGCUGCAGAUGCUGCAGUAGCUGUGGCAGCAGCCCUGAAUGUAACAGAGCCGACAAGCACAGGCCUUGGAGGAGAUGCCUUUUGUCUUUUUUAUGAUGCUGCAACUAAACAGGUCCGAGGACUUAAUGGGAGUGGAAGGAGUCCUAAGGCUCUGACUCUGGAUCUGAUGAGAAGGUGUGGAUUUAGUCAGAGUAACCCACCAUCUAAGUUCCAUGCCUUUAAUGUCACUGUGCCUGGAGCUGCAGCAUGUUGGUGUGACACAGUGACUUUGUUUGGAAGUAAAAAGCUGUCUUUGGCUGACCUGCUGCAACCAGCUAUAGAUCUGGCUCAGAACGGUUUCCCAGUGGCAGAGAUUACAGCAUACCAUUGGGCUGAUGGUAUAAAAUCUUUGAGAGCUGCUGGCAGAGAACUGGGAGCAGAUUUACUCAUUAACAAUCAGCCACCUAAACAUGGACAGAUCAUGACUAAUCAUAACCUCGCACACACUUUCCAGGAGCUUGUUCUGCAUGGGAGAAAUGGUUUCUAUGAGGGCAAGAUCGCCCAAGCUGUGGUUGAUAUUGUGCAAGAAAACGGUGGUGUUAUGAGCUUGGACGACAUGAAAAACCAUGUCACUACUGAGAUCACACCGAUUUACACUGAUUACAAAGCGGUGCGAGUUUGGGAGGUCCCACCCAACAGUCAAGGGAUGGCAGCCCUUAUUGCCCUUAACAUCCUUGAGAAUUUUCCUAUUAAAGAUCAGGGUCACAACAGUGCUGAAUAUCUUCACAUUCUGGCUGAGUCGCUGAAAUUGAGCUUGACUGAUACCAUGCAUUUCAGCACAGACCCAGAGAAAGUGAAGGUGCCUGUGGAGGGGCUUCUUUCCAAGGAUUAUGCUAUUCAGCGAGCCCAUUUUAUACAAAUGGACAAAGCCAGAAGUGUGUGUGAACCGGGGAUUCCCACAGGAAGUGACACAGUGUAUUUUACUGUGGUGGACAGAGAGGGAAAUGGCUGCUCUUUUGUGAACAGCAAUUACAUGGGAUUUGGUACUGGCCUUGUUCCCCCAAACUGUGGGUUUUCCCUUCAAAAUAGAGGUGCUAAUUUCUCUCUGGACUCCAAUCAUGUGAAUUGCAUAGGGUCAGAGAAGAGGCCGUACCACACUAUAAUCCCUGCCAUGCUCACAGAUCCUGUGUCAGGACACCUUCUCUGCUCAUUUGGGGUGAUGGGGGGCUUCAUGCAGCCCCAGGGUCAUGUGCAGGUAUUACUUAAUAUGAUAGAGUUUGGCAUGAAUCCUCAGCGUGCACUUGAUGCCCCACGUUUGUUCGUGCAAUAUGAUCAGACUGCAAAGGAAUGGGAGCUCAAUCUGGAGGCAGGCUUGGAACAGAAUGUGGCUGAUGAGCUCAGAGAGCGGGGCCAUGUGGUAAAGUGGCCAGUAGAAGGGCAUGAGCGGAACCAAUUUGGACGUGGGCAAAUUAUCAGCAAAGGAAAGUGGUGGUGGGAUUCUAAUAAUGAAAAAACAGAAAGAGAUGAGAGGGUACUGUGGGCUGGAUCUGAUCCUAGGGCAGAUGGAUGUGCAGUGGGAUAUUAACAAGAAAACUAAAGUGAAAAACAUUACAUGUCAGAGUUAGUGGACAAAAAAAUUAAGAAAAACCCACAUUUUCCCAUGAAUUCAAUAAAGUGCAUUUAAGACAAAGCA